AAAGAUGGGAAAAUGGGGUAUUAAACCAGAUAGUAGAAUAGUAAGGGGUGUCUAGACCUACGCUCCUGUUUCUAAUUUUUGUUCAUUACUCAUUUCGGACAGCCUGGAAGCUUUAGGUAAUAGUCGUACUAUUCUUCUUCUUCUUUUUCGUGGGUGUUUUAUGGGGCUAGUUAGGCUGUGGGCCCACAGCCUCUAGAGCCCCGUCAGUGGUAGUUGUUAUCAGGAGUUGUUGGGUGUUCCAUAAAAUUUAAACUCCGCGGCGACGAGCUUGUUGACAUCGGGAGUUCAGGACGCCGGGGACGGGCGGCGCGGGCACCGGGCACGGCGAGGCACGGCCGGACGGUCACACUCAAGAAGUCCUAUUUACUUGUUUCCUCGUCACAGCGUGUGUUGCUGUAGCAUGCACCUAGAUAUCCCUCAAGCCCUGCAGACCCUACUGAUGGAGCUGGCUUAGGCUAUCGUGCGGCACCCCGCCGAGUGUUGCGUCACCCCGCCCCGCCAGCUGACUCACGGUGCAGACGGCGGCGAGUGCAUUGGCAUUAACCUCCGGCGCUGCAGGCUUUAUAGAUGCACCAUUGUAGUGUGUUGUGCGAGCUGGGCUGCGCAUGGGCAGGUGAUUACUUCUAACGGUAUACCGGGGUGGGGCACGAACACGUCAGCACGAGUGUGGGCGUGGAGGGAGUACGUCAUGCUGGCCAGGUGGGCGGUGAGGGCCGUGGUCAGGAGACUGCUGGCAGCGGCACCGUCACUCAGGGAGGAACUACUGGGGAGGAGACACAGACUCCACACCAGGACACUCCCUCCCUUGGCUGCGGCGUGGCAAGGGCAUGGACUCCGUUAUUUAAGCCUGCACGGUGCCCCAGCGAGGCCUCCUGUUGCCCUUGCGGUGGGAGGGUACUGUGGUGGUGAUGGUGAUGACAGGAGCAGAAGGGACAGUAGUGGUGAUGGCGAUGGCAGCAGAAGGGAGGCCUGGCGCGGCUACCCCUUCUCUCUGGGGCUCCUGCUGGCCGCCUGCUGGAGUGGGCCGAACGAGCAGAAGGUUAACGAGAGGGAGUUCCUGCUGGCAGCCAUGGUGGGGAACAUAGAGAGGAUGCAGGAAUUCCUCAAGAAGGGAGUUGAUGUGAACUGCCAACACCCAUAUGGCUGGAGGGCUCUUCAUGCAGCUGCCAUCAACAGUCGUUCACAGGCUGUUAAGUUCCUGCUAAGCCAAGGAGCAGACCCUAAUGUUCCAGAUAGCUUUUCCAAUAUAUUCCAAGUUGCUCGUGAGAACAGAAUGUCUCCAAUCAGUGUAGAGGCAAUCAGAGAAGGAGAGUUCAGCACACUCCUCAAUCACAACCAGAUGUUCCGAGGAUGCACUGCCCUCCACUAUGCCGUGCUGGCCCAUGACCAGGAAAGUGUCCAAUACCUCCUGGAAGCUGGCGCCAAUCCCAUGACAGUCAAUGAGUACCACUUCAAGCCUGAAGAUUAUGCUAAGGAUAUAGGUAUGAGGACCAUGAUGCAAAAGUACUCUGAGAAGUACCAACAGAAGGAGAAACAAGUAGAAAUGGAGGAGAGGAGAAAGUUCCCCUUAGAGCAGAGGAUUAAGCAGCGCAUCAUUGGACAGGAAGGGGCCAUAGCCACUGUGUGUGGAGCCAUUCGGCGGAAGGAGAAUGGCUGGUAUGAUGAAGAGCACCCACUGGUUUUCCUCUUCUUAGGCUCCUCAGGAAUUGGCAAGACAGAAUUGGCCAAGCAGGUGGCUGAGUAUCUCCACAAAGGAAAGAAAGGUGGUUUCAUCCGCAUGGACAUGUCCGAGUACCAACAAAAACAUGAGGUGGCCAAGUUCAUCGGGUCACCUCCAGGCUACAUUGGCCAUGAUGAUGGUGGGCAGCUGACCAAGAAGUUGAAGGCCUUUCCCACUGCUGUGGUUCUCUUCGAUGAGGUAGAGAAAGCACAUCCAGAUGUGCUUACCAUCCUCCUACAGCUGUUUGAUGAGGGCAGGCUGACUGAUGGCCAAGGAAAGACCAUAGAGUGUAAGGAUGCCAUCUUCAUCAUGACCUCCAACUUGGCUAGUGAUGAGAUAGCAGAGUAUGGCCUGCAGCUGAGGGCCGAGGCGGAUCAGAUCACUAAACAACGUCUUGAGGGUGAACCAGAUGACCUUGAGAUUACCGAGACUAUCACCAUAUCCCGCAGGUUUAAGGAGAAGAUUGUGAGGCCCAUCCUGAAGCAUCAUUUCCAGAGGGAUGAGUUUCUAGGGAGGAUAAAUGAGAUUGUUUACUUUGUUCCUUUCUCAAGACAAGAACUCUUGAAACUUGUAAAAGCUGAGCUGGACAGGUGGGCCAAGCAGGCCAAAGAAAAGCACAGCAUUGAGCUUAGGUGGGACCCCAUGGUGCUCGACGUCCUGGCUGACGGCUACAAUGUGUACUACGGGGCACGCUCCAUCAAGCACGAGGUGGAACGCCGACUAGUAAACCAGCUCGCCAUGGCCUAUGAGUGUGGCCACAUCACCCCGGGGUGCACAGUGUUUGUGUACACUGUAUUGCCCUCAUCGGAGGAGGAGAAGGCCAAGCUGCAGGACUCUCCGGCACCUAUCAAGAUCCGUGUCAAGUCAAAAGGGACAGACAAGUUCAUGGAUGUAGACCCAAGUGCACACCUGAAGACACGCCCGGAGCAGUGAAGAAAGUUGGUUGGUUUUAUUGUCAUGUAAAAUUUUAUUGUUCAUCCAUAUUCACUUAAGUAAGAUAUCCUUUUAUAUUUUUCAAUUUAAAUGAAGCUGGCUGAAAAAGUGCAAAGUUGGGUCAUGUAGAACAAGCAGUCUACAUAAGAUCUCACAUCUCAGUUUCUUUUGUGUGAAAUAAAAACAAGCUCAUCAUCAAUAGGAGACGGGUAUAUACAAAAUAUUUUUAAUAUUGAAAUAUCAGUUCGUUUAAAAUUGUUUUCCAAUUGAGAAACUUGGGCAUAAUGGGAUAAGCCAAGUCCAUGUAUUCUGUGAUUGGUUCACUCGCCAUCCCAGAGAGGAGGAUCAGGGAAGGGAGGCUGACAGGAGAGUCCUGGCCAAGGUUAGUAUGUUCUUUGUUGUACCUGCCUCAGCCACAGGCCUCAUUGUCCUCUGGAUGGCACAGGUAGAUCCCAUUGAGGAUUGUUUUGCCUCAAAGUACUGUGAUUGUAGUUAUGACUGUACAGUGUUAGAUAUUCAUAACGCAAUGUAAGGGAGAAUUGAUAAACAAGUAUAUAUAUAUAUAUAUAUAUAUAUAUAUAUAUAUAUAUAUAUAUAUAUAUAUAUAUAUAUAUAUAUAUAUAUAUAUAUAUAUAUAUAUAUAUAUAUAUAUAUAUAUAUAUAUAUAUAUAUAUAUAUUCGCCUUCUACUUGGUGAAGCACGAGGAGAAUCGCUUGAGAAUUGAUUCUUUCUAUUGCACAUCAGACUCAAAGGAAUUGAUUCUCGCCCACUCCUAGAACCUACCCAGUUAUGUUCAGUUUACCUCUUUGCUUGCACAACUCUCCACAGGUUAGGGGGAUGAUGUUACAUCCUUAUCUAAAGGUAACAGUUGAGUUUUGAGCAUUGCUCAUUGGCAUUUUUGUCUAGAGGAUAAAAAAAACUUAAAAACUUUUAUAAAAUGAGACUUCUUAACUCCAUAAAAAUAUGCUCAUAAUUGAACUUAAUUUAAAAUUGUUAUAAAAUGUAUAACUCAAUUUUAAAGCAUGUAUUGGAACUGAACAAUUGUCAUUUGGUGGCUCAGU